GUGAUGUAUCACCCAUCAGCAUGUCUCCCAUCAGUCAGUCACAGUUUAUUCCUCUCGGGGAAAUCCUUUGCCUGGCCAUCUCAGCAAUGAACUCUGCCCGAAAACAAGUCACACAAGAAGCACUAAUGGAGCACCUAACAACCUGCUUCCCAG